AUGCCGCGAUUACUAGAAAGCGAAAUUACAAAGUAUUUAGAAACUCUUGAAGAUUCAGAAGAUGGCUUAGACGGCUCGGACUCCGAAGUAGAGGAUGAAGGUCACUAUUAUCAAACAGCUCGAGAUGUUCUUCAGUACCUUGAAAAUAGUGAUGAAGGUGAGAAUGCCCAGUCUGAUGAAGUGGAUGCUGAUCCUCCUCUCGUAAUUGACAACGAUCAAAAUAUGCCAGACCCUCCUAUUUUGGAAGCCGGAGAAGCAGUACCCCAGAGUAGAUCACAAGGGAUUUCUAAGCGACCUCUGGUUUGGCGAAAACGGAAUCUUGUUACUGCUGAAGACAGCCUUAUUUUUAGGGGAGAAACUCAGAUAACGGAAGCAUUGAUGUCUUGUAACACGCCGUAUGAUUUUUUUUUCAUUUUAUUUUACAUCAGAUCUAAAAAAGCAAAUUGUAGAACAAAGUAA